CCUAGCCCGACCGGCUCAGCGAUCUGCGAGGCCAGCGCUGCUCUGCUCCCUUAGUGCUCCGUUCCCGCAACCGGGCGUCCCGCCGCGCCGAGACAAUUCGGGAGAGUUUGCCCCGGAGCGCGGGCAAGUUUCUUCCCCAGUCCGCUCUGCCAGAGCGAGAGCGAGUGGUACCUGCAAAGCGCCAGAGACGGAUGCCGAGGUUAUUCUGUGAACUCAUCCUCAGGAGAACAAGAAAAUAUUGAGACUCCAUGGAGAAAUAAACCUUGCAGCCUUUCAAUUCAGACAUGAAAAAAACUGCAGCCAUCUGAAGUGGCCAUGAAUGCCAAACAAGUCUUCCUUUCUGUCCUGCUUUUUGGGACAGUAGGGCUUCUGUUCUUCAUGUAUUUGCAAGUCUGGAUUGAAGAACAGCAUACAGGGAGAAUAGAGAGAAAAAGAGAACAAAAAGAAGUAUCAGAAUGGCGGCUGGUGCAUUCCUCACAGCGUGUGCCCAGGACCGUGACUACAGGAAAAAUCCAGAAACAUAUCGUCAAUCAGAACUCCUACAUUCACAUGCCUGAAGACCUAAAGAAAAAAGGGGGAAAUCUGCUCAACCUGGGAAGUAAGAUCUUAAAGAAGAAUAGCCAUUCACAAAGGGAGGAUCAAGCUCCUGGAUCAUCACUAGAUACCUCAAUAGAAAUUCCUCAAGGUGCUAAGCCUCGAGUUUUUCAGCAGCCCAUCAAGAUGGAUUGGCCACUGGUCACUCGGCCCUUAAACAAAAGUUCAGUCCAAGACAAUAAGUGGAAGAAGGCAUAUGCAAUCCAGGAGAAACGUAGGUCCUUCCUUCAUGAGUUUUGCAAGAAAUAUGGUGGAAUAAAUGAUCCUCAAGCCAAUCUUUACAGUAUAGUAUCCAGAAUCUAUGUGGAAGACAAGCACAGAGUCCUGUACUGUGAAGUACCAAAGGCUGGCUGCUCUAAUUGGAAAAGAAUUUUGAUGGUCCUAAAUGGGUUGGCUUCCUCUGCAUACAAUAUCUCCCAUGAGGCUGUACACUAUGGGAAGCAUUUGAAAACACUGGCUAGUUUUGACUUAAAAGGCAUAUACAUGCGUUUGAAUACCUAUUCCAAAGCUGUGUUUGUUCGAGAUCCCAUGGAAAGAUUAGUGUCAGCAUUUCGGGAUAAAUUUGAGCAUCCCAAUAGCUACUACCAUCCGGUGUUUGGAAAGGCAAUCAUAAAGAAAUACCGACCAAAUGCCAACACACAAGCAUUAAAUAAUGGAUCCGGAGUCCAAUUCAAAGAAUUCGUCCACUACUUACUGGAUGAUCACCGUCCAGUGGGAAUGGAUAUUCACUGGGAAAAGAUCAGCAAACUCUGUUAUCCAUGUUUGAUCAACUACGACUUUGUAGGGAAGUUUGAAACAUUAGAAGAAGAUGCCAAUUACUUUUUACAUGUGAUUGGUGCUCCAAAAGAGCUGAAAUUUCCAAACUUUAAGGAUAGGCACUCCUCUGAUGAAAGAACCAGUACUCAGGUGGUUAGGCAGUAUUUAAAGGACCUGGGUAGAGCCGAGAGACAGCUCCUCUAUGACUUUUAUCACUUGGACUAUUUGAUGUUUAAUUACACCGCUCCACAUUUGUAAU